AUGAUGGGGUAUGUACAUUUGAUCCUCUUAUCUGCCUUCCUCUCGGUUUCCAUGGCAUCCGAAACAUUUGAUGCAAUGGAAGGUGAGGCUUUAGUUAUAAAAUGUCCUCGAUGGAGUUCAUCUGUGAAAAUCACCUGGUAUCACACGGAGAGUAACAAAAUAAUUCCUGCAGAAGAAGAGGGAUCACGAAUAUUUUCCUUUACACGAUUUCUUUGGUUUCUGCCAACUUCUAGAGAGGAUUCUGGGAACUACACUUGUGUUAUACAAUUUUCAAAUAAUCGCACAAAGUCAUUCAACAUGAGUGUGCAGGUGUAUCCAUACAAGCAAGGAGUAUGUUUCCCAAGUCAGAUUCGUUACCCAAAUGACACUGGAAGAGGAAAAAUUGUUUGUCCUACAAUUGACAAUUAUAAGAAUGCUACUAUCGUCCAGUGGUAUAAGGACUGCAAGCCUCUUCAGGGAGAGAGAUACUUCAAGGGAGAAAAAUACAUUUUUAUUAAAAACCAAACAAAGGAGGAUAAUGGUUAUUAUACUUGUCAAUUUACCUACACUCAUAGAGGAAAUGUGUUUAAUGUAUCAGCAACAAGGAUUUUCAUAAGUAAGGCAAAACACUCACCUCUACCUCCUCAAAUUUUAUUUCCAAAAGAUAAAGACAUAGUAGAAGUGGAGCUUGGUGCUGCUUUGUCUCUGAAAUGUCAGGCCCGCCUGGGGAUUAAGAAACAGCCGAUGGCUGUUGUCACAUGGGAUGUGGAUAACAUCUCGGUGAAAUACUUAGGUUUUUCAAGAUUUCGUGAAAAAACUCAUUUUUUUGAAGGACGUGAGCAAGAGUAUUACAGAGAGGCCACUUUGCAUAUUGCUAAAAUAAAAAAGGAGGAUCUGCGGUCAAAUUUCACAUGCGUAGCGCUGAACGAAAUGCACAACACAAAGGCCACGGUGACGUUACGACUCAAAGCACAGUUGGGUCUUCCCAACGUCCUCUUGAUCGUAGGAUCUCUCGUUCUGCUAGUUGCAAUAGCAGUGUCUGUUAUCCUUUAUCAGUCCUUCCGAGUGGAUAUCGUCCUGCUGUAUCGGGAGAUAUUUCAGCCCCACCCAGUCAAGGAUGAUGGGAAGAUAUAUGAUGCAUAUGUUAUAUACCCCAGAAGCCACACCAACGAAGCUAAUUUUGUGGAGUAUUUUGUUUACCAAAUCAUGCCAGAUAUUCUAGAAAUUAAAUGUGGAUAUAACCUGUGUAUUUAUGGGAGAGAUAUAUAUCCUGGAGAAGAUACAGCCAGUGCAAUUGAGCAGAGGAUGCAGAAGAGCAGACGGCUGAUCAUCCUUCUAACACACCAGCUGAUUAACUGUAAAGAACCUGCGUAUGAUCAACACAUUGCUUUAUACAAUGCCCUUAUUCAAAACGAUACAAAGGUGAUCCUGCUGGAAAUGGAGAUGAUUGGGAGUUAUGAGAAGCUUCAGGAAUCUCUUAGGUUUAUUAUUAAGCAGCAAGGUACCAUCAAAUGGAAAGAGCAGCACACUGUGCACCCACAGUCAUCCAAUUCCAAGUUCUGGAAGCAAGUGAGGUACCACAUGCCACUGACACUCCAGUCCUCAUACUCAGCUCAUGCCGGGUGA